AGACGCUCCUUCUUCACUAUUAAAAAUUUUCACAUGACACAUGUCCUUUCUCCUCUGUCGACAACUCUGUCUUUGUAACAGUUAUCAGGUGGUGGGUCUCCAUUUUGUUUCAUGUAAAUUUCCAUAUUCCAAUUAUAAUUCUAAUUGUAAUUCAUACACAUUCAUGCUUCCAAAUCUCUCUCAAUGAGUCCCAGAAUCUCUUUCUCCAACGAUUUCGUCGAGUCUCAUCAUCAUCAUCAUCAUCUGAAACCCAGAUCCGCUCUCCCGCCGCCGCCCUCUUCCGACUUCGAGUUUUCUGUAACUGGGUACUCCAUGAUAACCGCUGAUGAGCUUUUCUUCCAGGGAAAGCUGUUACCUUUUAAGGACUGCUCCACCAGACCCACCACCACCACCACCACCACUCUCCGGGAAGAGCUGUUGGCCGGCGACGGAGAUGAUCUUGUAGAAGUCGUGUCUAAUAAUAAGGAGUCGUCGACAAAUUCCUCUGGACGUUGGAGGGAUCUUCUUGGCCUGAGGAAAACCCACAUUGGGUCUAGGAAACAAACCAAAACUACUGUUGAUUCUACAUCACAGGUGUUUGAGAAAAUGCCAUAAUCAAAUCCUUUUCAAUGGCUCAUGUUUCAUCUAUAAGGGAACUGCAGAAAUGUGGGAGAUUGAGGAUUGGAUUGGAUUGAUUGAUUGAUUGAAGAAGAGAGGUAUGUUGGUAAUUUUGUAGGGACAGAAAGCUGUUUGUUGUUUAGGAGCUUUUGUAAUUUUCAUUAUAGAGAUGGUUUAGGUAAAUAGUAUUGUGUUUAAUUAGUGGGUUAAUGGUCUGUUUGGAUUCAACUUUAUUCUGUGUUUGCUUUUCAUUUUUUUUCAUCUGUAAUCUUCUUAACUAUUAUUAAUCUUUGUAUUCUCCCAUAAAUUUGAUGUUUUAUUGCAAUUUAUCA